AUGCUGUCGAUGCUCUCCGGCACUCACACGCCCCAUUCCAUUGGAGCCUCUCCAGCUGGUAGCCAGACUGGAGCCUCCACCCCAGCCGAGACCCAUGUCGAACACGUUCAACCAGCCCUGCACCCGCCAACACAACGCCGCAAGCGCAUCGUCGUCGCCAUGACGGGAGCCACAGGCGCCGUUCUGGGCAUCAAAGUGCUCAUCGCCCUGCGCCGUCUCAACGUCGAAACAUACCUGGUCAUGAGCAAAUGGGCGGAAGCAACCAUCAAAUACGAAACCGACUACCACCCAUCCAAUGUCCGAGCACUCGCCGACCACGUCUACAACAUCAACGACAUGGCAGCGCCCGUGUCAAGCGGAUCCUUCAAGACCGACGGCAUGAUCGUCGUUCCAUGCAGUAUGAAGACCCUGGCCGCAAUCCACAGCGGCUUCUGUGACGAUCUGAUCUCACGAACGGCCGAUGUGAUGCUGAAGGAACGGCGCAAGCUGGUCCUCGUCGCUCGGGAGACUCCGCUCAGCGAUAUCCAUCUGCGCAAUAUGUUGGAGCUCACUCGCAGUGGAGCUGUCAUCUUCCCCCCUGUGCCGGCUUACUACAUCCGAGCUGCCUCGGUGGAUGAGCUGGUGGAUCAGAGUGUCGGCCGAAUGCUGGACCUGUUUGAUCUGGAGACGGGGGAUUUCGCCCGCUGGGAAGGUUGGGAGAAAUAA